AUUUGAUUGUAUUUAUUAUAUAUAGGCGAAUGUUACAAGGACAAACCAUAUCAUGUGGACAAUGGGCGAUGAUUUCCAGUAUCAAUAUGCAGAGUCUUGGUUCAAGCAAAUGGAUAAAUUAAUUCACUAUGUUAAUAAGGAUGGAAGAGUGAAUGCCUUGUAUUCUACUCCAUCUAUUUAUACCAAUGCCAAAAACGCGGCAAAUCAAUUGUGGCCACUGAAAACCGAUGACUACUUCCCGUAUGCUGAUGGACCAUAUGCAUAUUGGACAGGCUAUUUCACUAGCCGCCCGGGCUUAAAGCGAUAUGUUAGAUUCCUAAGUGGAUAUUAUUUGGCCAUGCGUCAACUUGAACUUUUCGCUGGAAAACGAUCGACUGUAUACAAUACUUUGGACCUUGCAGAUGCUCUAGGAAUCGCACAGCACCAUGAUGCCGUCUCUGGAACAGCCAAACAACAUACAACUGAUGACUAUGCAAAACGGUUGGCUAUUGGAGCCUCUAAGGCUGAAGCAGCUGUUAGCUCUUCUUUGGCAUAUCUUGUUAGUAAGCAAUCUGGCGAUCAAAGUUCAGCAGUUGCAUCGGCAUUCUCCCAGUGUCAAUUACUCAAUAUCAGUUACUGCCCUCCAACUGAAGACAAUAUUCCAGAAACUAAAGAUUUGGUAGUGGUGCUGUAUAACCCUCUUGGAUGGAAUCGUACUGAUAUCGUCAGGAUACCAGUUAAUGAAGCUAAUCUUGUGGUUAAAGAUUCAUCUGGAAACAACCUUGAAGUACAAUACGUGGAUGUGGACAGCGUUACAACAGAUUUAAGAAGCUUUUAUGUGAAGGCCUAUUUGGGAUUGUCUCCGAAAAAAGCCCCAAAAUAUUGGCUUCUAUUUCAAGUGUCAGUACCUCCACUUGGUUGGAGCACAUACUUCAUUUCUAAGGCAACUGGAAAAAGUACUAGGAGAAAGGGAGAACUCUCACGCCUCAACAAUAAGAAGGGUGAGAACAUUGAGAUUGGACCUGGAAAGUUAAAGAUGUCCUUUUCUUCAACCUCUGGACUACUCGAAAGGAUAUAUAAUUCCAAAACUGGAGUAAAUAUACCAAUUCAGCAAAACUACCUUUGGUAUGCCUCUAGUGACGGUGAUAUUCUUGAUUCUCAGGCAUCUGGUGCAUAUAUAUUCCGCCCAAAUGUAUCCUCUCCAAAUAUUGUUUCAAGAUCGGUGCCCCUCAAGGUAAUCCGUGGACCACUAGUUGACGAGGUUCAUCAGACAUUUAGUUCUUGGAUUUACCAGGUUACUAGGCUGUACAAGGGCAAAGACCAUGCGGAAAUCGAAUAUACUAUUGGUCCGAUUCCUAACGAUGGAAUUGGGAAAGAGGUAAUCACAAGAAUGACAACAGAUAUGGCCACAAACAAGGAGUUUUAUACUGAUUCUAAUGGAAGAGAUUUUCUGAAACGGGUCCAAGAUCAUAGGGAAGAUUGGCCACUUAAUGUUACUCAGCCUGUAGCAGGAAACUACUAUCCACUCAAUCUUGGGAUUUAUACCAAGGAUAAGAAAUCGGAAUUCUCAGUCUUAGUUGAUCGUGCCACCGGUGGAUCCAGCAUCAAAGAUGGUGAGGUGGAAUUGAUGCUUCAUAGGCGGCUUACCAAUGACGAUGGUAGAGGAGUAGGGGAGUCACUCAAUGAAGUAGUUUGCACACAGGAUAUUAAAGUUAAAUGUGAAGGACUAAGGGUAAGAGGAAAUUACUAUAUCAGCAUCGAUAAUGUUGGAUCUGGUUCACACUGGCGUCGUACAACUGGUCAAGAAAUUUACUCACCACUCUUAUUGGCUUUCGCACACGAGAAUGCAGAAAAUUGGAAGUCUUCUCAUUUGACCAAAGGAACUUUCAUUGAUCCAAAUUACAGCUUGCCUCCUAAUGUUGCGUUGAUAACUCUCGAGGAGUUGGAUGGUGGAAUCGUUCUUCUCCGGCUGGCACAUCUAUAUGAGCAAAGUGAAGAUGCUCAAUAUUCAACUCUAGCCAAAGUUGAACUGAAAAAGUUGUUUGCCACAAAAACGAUAAAGGAGUUGAAAGAGGUAAGUUUAUCAGCUAACCAAGAGAAGUCAGAAAUAAAGAAAAUGACAUGGAAGGUUGAAGGGGACAAAGGACAAGAACCUCAAGCAGUUAGGGGAGGUUCUGUGAGCACUUCAGAUUUUAUCGUCGAGCUUGGUCCUAUGGAAAUUCGUACUUUCUUGUUGAAGUUUUAAGAACUAGAGUCUCAAAUCCACAUUGAUGUUUUUGAUUUUAAGAAAUAAACAAGUGUCUCUCUCUAAUAAAUUGGUGUGUUCUACAUCUGAUUGCAAAGAGCACAAUAAUAUGUGAAUUAUACAAAUAAAGUGUCCCAUAUUAUCAAAUAAAAGAUUAUUUGAUUUUGUAUUCAUAAA